CAGCAAGCAUGUCAUCGCAUCGGCUGCUGCUGCCGUUGCUGACGCUCUUGAGCGUCCUGUUAACGGGCUUGUAUGUAGCCGACGUGGUGUCUACCAAGAACUAUGAGUCUGCAUGCGAGAUGACGUGGUCGUGGCCCGUGUACACACCUGUAACGUGGCGUUCGGUCCCCUCACACCCCAAGUAUCAACUCUACCGCGUCGACAUGAAGUUUGCGCGGGACGAUCUCUCGGGUGUUCCCGUUCUCUUCGUCCCUGGCCACAUGGGUAGCUACAAGCAAGCGCGAUCGUUGUCUCGUCAUCUGUGGGACACGAAUGAGACGCUCUUCGACGUGUUUGCGCUCGACUUGGACGAGGAACCCACCGGUCUCAAUGGAAACUUCAUUACGGACCAGGCCACAUACCUGAACGACGUAGUGCGGGCCAUUUUGAGGGAAUACAAGCGCCAAAACAAGAAAAGCAACAAGAAGCUCGUCAUUCCAGACAGUGUUGUCAUUGUGGCGCAUUCGAUGGGUGGCAUUGUGGCUCGCACUGCGGAGCUACUGCCCAACUACAAGAAGAGAUCCAUUCAGCAUGUCGUGGGACUUGGUGUGCCUUACGAGAACCCGUCGUUUCCUUUUGAUGCAGAGAUGAACGCGGUCUAUGACAGGAUACACUCAAAGAAGGGCAAAAAUGACCAAGUGGUAUAUGUGUCCAUUGCAGGAGGACACAAGGAUACGCUCGUGCAGACAGCGCUGACGAGUAUCGAUACGUUAGCGGACUCGUCACGAGCUUUUGUGGCACUAGCGUCCGCGAUCUCGACGGUGCAGACACCCGUGGACCAUUUCUGCUUGCUGUGGUGCCAUCAAUUGUUGAAGGUUGUGGCGGAGAGUUUGUACAAGGCUGUGAAUCUGGAGACGAGAGAACUUGUGAGCAACCCAAAUGUGCGACUGGCAAUCGCAAAGGAAGUGUUGUUUGGUGGUUCGAGUAGUGAAGAUGGCGUCGUGAUUGAGACGGUUGCAAACGAAUCGCUGCACCGCAGUUACGUGCUAGAUGGCUACUACCCCGGUGAAUAUGCUGGAUACGCGCUAUUACUCCCGUACUUCUUGACGAAUCUGCUACGCACGAGAUUCAUGACGGUGAUCGUGAUUAUGUACGUGUUGGCUCUGCAAAUUUUCUCCGCUCAAGUUGCGCAGUGGCAGACUCGCUUCAACUUGCAGUCGACGCCGUCGCCUCAAGAUCUCAGCCAGGAGAACUUCCCUUCGUUUACGUCGAUGUUACACCCUGCUGCCCAUACUCCUGCUUUCCUAAAGAACAUCGCGAAUGCUCUGCAUGAUAAAUCCAACCUUGGCAAGACUACAACGGUGGGCAUUGCAGUAUUAGCAGCAGCAGCGGCAGGUUACUUUGGAUACGGCCAGUUAUUGUCCAGUGGACAGGACGCUGACAGCUUGACGGCUUUUGCAACGAUGGCUGGCGAGAUUCUCAUUCUAUACGCCUACGCACUGGGCUUGUUGUACGCACUCACGCAGCUCUUCUCGCUGCUGCAGCGCUUUGUCGUAUCGCCGGUCGUAUCACUUGUGGGCAACAUCACUGAUCAACUCAAGCUUCGCCGUUGGAUGAUCAUCGCCUUCAUCCACGCGGUCGUACAGAUUCUGGGACAAAUCAAGAGUCCGUCUUCAGCCUCUUCCAAGGUGUUAGGACUGGCUGUGCUGUCAUCGUUCGUCGUUUUUGUGCUGUACCUGCUCGUUUUGGGUGGAAACAACGAUGGAACCUCGGACCAGCAGCGUAUGCAGCGCUCACUGUUCGCGGUGCUGUUCCUGUCUAUUUUCCCAUGGGGAGGAAAAGUGGCAUACUUCGCUGGUGUUGUACGAACCCCACCGUCAGAGCUUUCGAAUGGUAUGCUGAUGGAAGGUGGAUCCUACAUCGCCGUUUUGAGCCUGUUCACGUAUCUUAUCAGUCUAUCGCUUGAGUGCAUGAUUCCUUUGCCUCCGACGGCUUUCUUUGGAGCUUCAUCAGGACAAGAUGCUGCCUCUGUGUAUGGGAAAUCUUCGAGCAAUUCCAACAGCAAUGUCAAGAUCACAGCUGAGAACUGCCCGAAGUGCAUUUUCGAGGACGGAGGUCCAGGAUCUGUUCUUGUGGAGUACAGUGAUCGAACAACUCGCCGCAUUGUGACGGGUAAAACUGGUGAAGUCGUGUACGUUGGCCGAACGUUCCGUGUUGUCUCUUGCGAUUGCGUGUAUCGGUUCAAGAACUCGCGGGAUUUCUGUGCCUUUUGUAUUCGAUCGUGCCGGUUGUGUGGAGGUGGGAAUGGGAACUUCCAGGAGGCAGCCAAGUACAAGGACUUCCUAGAGGAGAGCAAGGUGGAUUUGGCCAUGCACGCUCUCGUUCCGAUGACUUUCCAGAUCUGCGCCGUGAUCCAAGCCAUGUACAGCUUGUAUCGAUCCCACAUGUCGUUCUAUCUCACACCUGCGUGUGUUGUAGCGCUAGUCAUCUACCACAUCGUGCUUCGCCAUCCCAUUGAAGCUCGACGUAUCAAAAACAAACAGCGCAAGAAAACGACCAAGAAGAAAAAAUCUUCAAACAAGUCAAAGGGCAAGACCACUACUACCACUACUACUGCGACGUCUUCGACAACUGGUGCUACCGUCUCUACCGACACCACCUCUCGCAAGAAAAAGAAGAAACGCAAAUCGGGAACGUCUACAUCCUCUGCUUCAUCGCCGCUGAUAGAAGAGGUCGCUACCUCCUAAAACGUCCUAGAUAAACUGCACGACUACAUUUUCAAUGUUCUCAUUCGUACACUUA